CACAUAUAUACAAACUGGGUUGUUGUUUUGGCUAAGUUCUCGAAGAGCACAUGAUUGCUGUAUGUGUAAAUAUUGGAAAUCAGAAUGUAUAUAAACAGUCACAACAGCUGUAUGAUAUCUGUCUGAGUUGAAGAAUUUAACAGGCAACUGCUUCUACAAGUAAACAAGCACAAACAAGAUGAAGUUCUGCAUCCUGCUUAUGUUUGUGAUCCUGCCCGUCCUCGUUUACGGAAUGCCGCCAAUCAGUAGGGACUACAACACCCACUGCCGGUGCCUUCAGGUGGAGUCGAGGAUCAUCCCUCCAGACAAUCUGAGGAGCAUCAAGCUCGUCCCUGAAGGGCCCCACUGCCCGGAUAUAGAAGUCAUAGCUGGACUGGUGAAUGGGGAAAAAGUGUGCCUGAACCCUCGGUCCUCCUGGGUGAAGAAGCUUAUCCACUUUGUUCUUGAGAAACAACUGCAUCAGAAGGGAGGAGGAGCACUUUCCAAGAAUCGAUGACACAAUGCAAAACAUGUUCCAAUUGAAGCUGUUGAAACAUGUCUUUCUGCAACUAUGAGCCAUGCCGUUUUACUUUAUAAUAUAACAUUUAACCCAAGUUGUGUAACUUAAAUAACUUUUCUGUUGUUAUUGUUCAUAUUUGCUAAAACAUUUCUAAGUAACAUUGAUUCUGGACUUAUAUUGAUUACGUGUUAGAGCACACAAAAACAGAUGUGUGUGAUUAUGUUAAAGAAGUAGUUGUAAGACUUGCAUAAGGUAUUUAA